UACUCAGUGGUCGCGGGAUCCUGGAGGAAGUCGUUUACACUUAUCUUUUCCUGACUCUUGAGCACUUCCCUCUUGGCGGGUGGGAGUGCGGGGACGGAGGUGCGAGAUGAGCACCAUGUUUGCAGACACUCUCCUCAUCGUUUUUAUCUCCGUGUGCACGGCUCUCCUGGCGGAGGGCAUUACCUGGGUCCUGGUUUACAGAACAGACAAGUACAAGAGACUGAAGGCAGAAGUGGAAAAGCAGAGUAAAAAAUUGGAAAAGAAGAAGGAAACAAUAACGGAGUCAGCUGGUCGGCAGCAAAAAAAGAAAAUAGAGAGGCAAGAAGAGAAACUGAAGAAUAAUAACAGAGAUCUUUCUAUGGUUCGGAUGAAAUCCAUGUUUGCCAUUGGCUUUUGUUUCACUGCCCUGAUGGGAAUGUUCAAUUCCAUAUUUGAUGGUAGAGUGGUGGCAAAGCUCCCUUUCACCCCUCUCUCUUACAUCCAAGGCCUGUCUCAUCGGAACCUGCUGGGAGAUGACACCACAGACUGCUCCUUCAUCUUCCUCUAUAUUCUCUGUACAAUGUCAAUUCGGCAAAACAUUCAGAAGAUUCUUGGCCUUGCCCCUUCACGAGCUGCCACCAAGCAGGCGGGUGGAUUUCUUGGCCCUCCACCUCCUUCUGGAAAGUUCUCUUGAACUCAGGGAGGACCUUUUAACUCCCAUCGUUCUUUCUAGACAUUCAUGUCAGACUGGCAACUCUUUUAUAGCAAGAGCUGUAGGGCCAUCGUCUCCUUUUGAGUUGUUUCUCAGCUUUUUUUAAUAUGAGGCACCUAACAGGAUAUGCUUUUGUCAUAGAUAUUUUUUUUAAAAAGUACACUAAUUAGUUAAGUUCAGAUGAUUUUUAUGUAGUUAAAAAACAAAUCUCUUUCUUGCUUUGCUUAUAUUAAUAUUUCCUGAGGGAGACUCUCAAGCCUGUGUGUGCCAUCUCCCGUGGAAGCUGACUCCCAGGAACACUGGAGAGCUAGAAGAAAAAAAUUAAUCUGCAUCUCAACUUAAUUGAAACUGUUUGUUAUGUUUUUAAAGCCAAAUCACUCAACAUCAAUAAAGAAGCCAAAUUUCUAACUGUUUUGUCUAU